AUGCAAAAUAACAAGUGGGAUAUAAUUUACUCAUCAUUAAAUAAACUUAAAGGAAAUGAAAGAGAAGUUCCAUUUUCAUUAAAUAUUUUUAAUUCGAGAGAAGAUAUUGUCAUGAUGUUAUUGUUCAUUGAGAAGAAUGGAUCAACUAUUGGAUGUAUUAUAUUAAUUAACGAAUUAAUAAAAGAGUUAAUAAAAUGUAAAGAGGUUAUUAAUCUUUUUGAUAAUCAAUUAUUUUUCCAAAUACUUCAACUGAGAAAGGGUUGUAAUAACAAAGUUGUUUGCUCUUUAUUAAAUAAAUUAGAGAGCAUUACCAUUAUUAUACAAUUUAUUAGGUAUCACAUGGAUAUAGAAGUAUGGAUGAAUUUAUUAGAACAUUAUUUUGGAAAUGAAAUAGACUUGGAAAUAUGGAAAUGUUUGAGUGAAAUUCAAAAUCUUUUUCUUAAGAAAACACUUCCUUUUCAAAGUGUUUAUCAAAUUAAAACUAGACUACUCUUUCCUAUGACAUCAUAUUAUUCUACUCUUUUGAGCCAAGGAAGAAAUGAUAUUAUUAGAUUUAAUAUACUUUCGUUAUUGAUUGAAAUAAACAAAGAGGCAGAAAGUGAUGACAAGUAUUGGAAUCUUAUAAAUGAAGAAAUAAUUCUGAAUGCUUUUGAAUAUUAUUACGAAAGGGAAGAUGUUUCAAUCUUUGAUUUUAUCUUAAAUUUUUGUGAAGUUAAGAGGAUGACAAUUUCAAAAAGAAAAGUUUUUGUUACAAACUUUAUUAAAGCAAGUUCUCGACUAUUAAAUAAUUAUUGUUUCAAAGAUAUACAACAUAUUAAAUAUAUUGUCAGAAUGUUAUACAAAUUCUUAACAUGUUUUACAUUGUUAGAUAAUCAAAUAGACUAUCUAAAAUCAUUAUGUAUAUUUACUAUUCAAUGUAUUCAAUUAAAUGAUUUUACUAUCAUUUAUUAUUUACUUCUUUCUUGGAAAAGGUUAAUUGAAAUAACAUCAAUACGUUCUUAUCCCUUAGACUCUUCAUUUAAACAACCAUUAUGUGAUAUUAUAAUGAAAAUAUUUCCUCAUGUACAAUCUCUACUUAAUGGUUUAAUAACAUUAGACUUAAAUAAAUACAAUAUUGAAACUGAUGACAUAACAACAAUUAAUGAUUUUUAUGAUUCAAUUGGUGUCAUUUGUAAAUUUUGUUUAAACAAUAUCCAACCAUAUUUAUUAACACAACUUCAUCAGUGUAUUAAAACAAAUAACAUCUCUUAUUUUCUUGUUUUACUUCAAAUAAUAACUAAAAUCAUUGCAAAUUCUGGUAUAAAUAACAAAGAAGAGGAAUUUACUGAUAUGAAAGAGGCUGAACUUAUUCAAUCAAUUCUUUCUGUAUUAAACACUACAAAUAUCAUACAUUUUAGUGAUAAUGGGUGUAUUUGUAUUAUUGGAUUAUUAAAAGAAUUAAGAGGAAUUGCAUUAAACAGAAGCAAUGAGAAAGUUUGUUGUAAAUAG